AUGCCCCUCACCAAACACAACCCCAGCAACUCCCACAGCGCCCGAUCCUCCCCCAGCCGCAACUCCGCCUCCGGCUCCGGCUUCCACCCCUUCGGCGGCCGCGUGAGCCGACGCUUCGGCGACCAGCUCUCCCCCGACGACGCCUACCUCUCCUACUACGACGUCCGCCUGACGCGCGAAGACGUCGACAUGAUCCGCACCGACUGGCUGACCGACAACGGCAUCGCCUUCUGGGAGGAAUACCUCGAGCGGGAGAAACUCGGCGACUACCCCAAAGCCAACAUCGUGCUGCUGCGGCCCAGUAUGGCCUUCAUGCUGCUCCAGACCCAAGACCCACUCUCGCUCAAGUCCGCCCUGCCGGAUUUCGGCAAGACCACGCAUGUUUUCCUGCCGGUGAACGAUUGUCGGAGGGCGGAUAUAGCGGAGGGAGGCAGCCAUUGGUCGCUUUUACUCGUCAGCACGAUCGAUGGGGUGGCUUUCCACUACGAUAGCAUGCACGGCCACAACAUCCAAGAAGCCAAGCUCGUCGCCUACCGCAUCUCGCAAUUACUGGGGAAACCACUCAAAUUCAUCCACCUUGAAGACACGCCGCAGCAGGAAAACGGGAUGGAUUGCGGCGUCUAUGUCUGCUUACUCAUGCAACAUCUCCUCAUCUCACGAUUACUCAGAGCGCACGCGCAGGAUAAGGUUAGUAUGAGUAUGCGGGGUAAAGAGGUCGAUGCGAGGGGGGGAAGGAGGGAAAUGUUGAGGAUUAUUGAGGCGAGGAGGGCGGAGGGGGAGAGGAGGCGGAGUCGGAGUCAUAGUCCUUUUGUCGGUGGUGGUGGUGAUCAUAAGAGUCGGAGUCCGCCGAGGAUUGGGGAGGAGCAGAGUCCGAUGCCUGAGAAGGAGGCGUGA